GAACGAAGUCUAUCUCUCCUCGCAAAAAAGCUCAAGCAAAUCACUCUCUCUCUCUCUCUCUCUCUCUCUCUCUGCAAUGUCCACUCCGUCACCAGAUCUGUAACCAACCCAAACUCCAAAUCCCAAAAUUCAACCGAAUCCAAUGGCGGAUCUACAAUCUCCGCCGCCGCCUCGCUCCACCGCCAACACGACGGACCUCUUCGGCGAUCCCAUCGACUCCCACCCCAACUGGUUCAACCAGUCCUCCUUCCUCCUCCCCUCCUUCGACUCCAACGCCUACAUCGCCGACCUCCGCACCUUCGUCCCAUUCGACACCCUCCGCUCCGAGCUCCGCUCCCACCUCUCCUCCCUCAACCGCGAGCUCGUCGACCUCAUCAACCGCGACUACACCGACUUUGUUAAUUUGAGUACCAAGCUCGUCGACGUGGAUGCGGCCGUGGUCAGGAUGCGGGCCCCGCUGUCCGAGAUCCGGGAGAAGAUCGUGGCGUUCAGGGGCGCGGUGGAGGGCUCGCUCGCGGCGUUGAAGGGCGGGUUGAGGCAGCGGGCCGAGGCCGCCGCCGCGAGGGAGGUGCUGGAGUUAUUGCUCGACACGUUUCAUGUCGUGUCCAAGGUUGAGAAACUGAUAAAGGAGCUGCCCAGUGUACCUGCUGAUUGGACCAAUGGAGAUAUUAAUUCUGCAGAAAAGGGUCACUUAAGCAACGGAAUCUCCUUACAAUAUACCGAAAAUGGAACAAAUCUCAGGGAGACUCAAAGCAUGCUUUUGGAGAGAAUUGCCAGUGAAAUGAAUCGGUUGAAUUUCUACAUCACUCAGGCACAGAACCUUCCUUUCAUUGAGAACAUGGAGAAGAGGAUACAGAAUGCUAGCCAACUCUUGGAUGCUAGCUUGAGGCACAGUUUUGUAGAUGGACUGGAACACAGGGACGCAAAUGCGGUAUACAAUUGCUUACGGGCAUAUGCGGCUAUUGACAACACUAGGGGUGCUGAAGAGAUUUUCCGCUCAACUGUUGUGGCACCCUGUAUUAGGAAAGUUAUUCCACAUAGUUCAUCAGGGGUGGUUGGUGGGGCAUUAGGAGAUGAACUUGAGGAGGACUAUAAACAAAUUAAGCAGUACAUACAAAAGGAUUGUAAAUUUGUUCUUGAAAUUUCCUCUACAGAAAAUUCAGGUUUACAUGUAUUUAGCUUCCUGGCCAAUUCGAUACUUAAAGAAAUACUCUCAGCGAUCCAAAAGGGAAAACCAGCAGUCUUUUCUCCUGGAAGACCUACAGAAUUCCUGAAAAAUUACAAAUCAAGCCUAGAUUUCCUGGCUCAUUUGGAAGGCUACUGUCCAUCCAGAUCUGCUGUUGCCAAGUUUCGAUCCGAGGCUGUCUACAUUGAGUUCAUGAAGCAGUGGAAUGUUGGGGUCUAUUUCUCGUUGAGGUUCCAGGAAAUAGCUGGGUCUUUAGAUUCUGCACUUCUUAUCCCAAUUCAAAUCUUACAUUCAGACAAGGGAAAUUCACAACAUCUAACACUAAAUCAAAGCGGUACUCUUUUGGAAUGCUUGAUGUCAUGCUGGAGAGAAGACGUACUUGUCCUUUCUUGCUCUGACAAGUUCCUUCGUUUGUCUUUACAACUUAUUUCUAGGUACUCCCAUUGGGUGUCAGCUGGACUAGCUGCUCGCAAAGCCGGUAAUGCUGGCUCCACUCCUGGAUCUGAAUGGGCUAUUUCUGCUGUGCCAGAUGAUUUUAUCUACAUAAUCCAUGAUUUAAAUUGUCUGGCGGAGAGAAUUUGUGGUGAUUUCCUGGGACAUGUAGUUGAGGUACUUAGUUCAAGCUCCUCUGAAGUUCUAGAUCUUGUAAAGCAAAGCAUUUUAGAGGGUGGAGCAUCUCUGAAGGAUCUUAUACCCAAAGUGAUUAAUUCAAUAAUACAAACAGUGGUUGAGAAAUCUGUGGAGGACUUGAAACAAUUGAAGGGCAUAACAGCAACUUACAGGAUGACAAAUAAGCCUCUUCCUGCUAGGCAUUCACCAUAUGUGUCAGGCGUCCUGCGCCCUUUGAAGACCCUUUUGGAUGGAGAGCGAGCUACUGCAUAUUUGACCAGGGACAUUAGGGAUGAACUCGUACAAGGUGCUGCUUUGGAGAUAACUGGCCGUUAUUAUGAGUUAGCUGCAGACCUCGUUAGUGUGGCUAGGAAAACGGAGUCCUCACUUCAGAGAAUACGUCAGGGUGCACAAAGGAGAGCCGGGGCAAGUUCAGACGUCUCAGACAAUAAUGUGUCGGAUACUGAUAAGAUCUGUAUGCAACUAUUUCUUGAUAUUCAGGAAUAUGGGCGCAACCUCUCUGCGCUUGGGGUUGAAGCUGUAAAAAUUCCGGCCUUUUGUUCCUUGUGGCAAGUUGUUGCCCCGACGAACAGGCAAAACACAAUUAGUUUCUAAUUUUGGGUAUUCAGCUACAUCUUUAUUGUAACCACUGGAAAAGAUGCAUUUGGCAGUGAGUGGCUGGGCCUUUGCCUCCGUACACGACUUGCGAAAGAAGGCAUUUGGCAGUGUGGCACGUAGAUCAUACGUUCUUUCAAUCAUAUUAUUCAAUAUUAGGCUGGCUUUUUGUUGUGUAUUGCAUUUUUGUUUUGUCGCGUUCAUUUUUCAGUAGUUGCAUUUUGACAAUACAAAGAUAUGAACUUUAUAAAUGAGUAUCAAUAAAAAUGAUGUGCAUUCUUUUUACAUUAAA